AUGCCCAAUCCCUAUGUGGAAGUGGAGUGCUUAGGUGAGAAGAGAACUACGCAGGUGAUCAGUGGAGCCUCUGCUUGUACCUUCAACAACUUUUACAACUUCUCGAAGCAUAUGAGCGAAGAUGACUUUACUGGUGGUGAUGCUGUGGUGGCCGUGUAUCACCAGAAGAACAGCUUUGGUUUCAAGGUGAAGUUGGGCCAAGUGACCUUUAGUCUUGAGAAGGUGUACAACCAGGACGGGCACUUGGUUCCCAAGGACUGGUUCGUCAUCGUUCUGCCCGACGAUCCAGGUAAGGGCUGCGGCUAUGUGGAGCUGUCCUUGGGUGCGUACGCACCAGGAGGUGCUGACGUGGAUGAAGCUGCUGAGGUGCAGUCGAUCAAGACGCGUGUGGUGAACUCGUUGAUCCCGGUGCUGCUGCUAGCGGCUGUGGCCUUCUACGGCUUCAGCUGUUUCGUGGCACCUGCUGAAAAGCCGCAGGUGGCGCACACGCAGGGCUUGCGAGGUGACCCUGCGGCCGCCGCCGUCUUGGGCGCCGUGGUGGCGGUGGCGCCGCAGGCCGCGUUGGCCGGGAACUCGGGCUACGCCCUGCUGCAGCUGGGCUGGGCCAUCUUCAUCAUCUCCUUGGGCCCUGCGGUGCUUGUCGUGAGUGAAGUUUUUGUGUUUUCCGAACGCUGCGAACAGAAAGUGGCAAAGGAAAACGGCGCAGAUGUGGAGUUGCCGACCAAAGAUGCGGCCAAGUCACUCUUCCAACUCACCGUGUGCAUCUACCAGGCAGAGCAGCUGGCCAUGAUCAAAGGUAUGAUGGGUUCCAGCUGUAAUCCCUUCGUCCAAGUGGACUUUAAUGGCACCUCCCAGCGCACCCAGACACAGCGGCACCCCGCACAAAAGGAUGGGACUCCGGGACUCUUUCGUGAGGACAACAGCGUCAACGUCACCGUGUUCCAUGAUGGCGGCCUCACAGGCAGUAAGGUGGAGCUGGGAGACGUAACGUUGGACAUCGACAACUUGGCUGAGGAGGCCUUGGAGCCCACCUGGUUCUACUUCUACAAGGCGCCAGAUGGCAAGAAGGAAGAAAAGUCCGAAUUUGCGGGACGCAUGUUGGUUUCUGCCAGCAUGGAACGAACGGAAACAUGGCAAGACUUGGACAUUUGGGAUGUCACAGCUCUUGAGCAGAAGAAAGGCUUCUUUGUACCCAAGGGUGCUGGUGUUGCAUCACCAUCAACCGUGUUCAAUCGUUUUGAGAAACCCAUUUUGACCAUCAACCCUGGAUCCAUUGCCAAUCCGCCCAAAGUUACGGCGGGCGUGGCCAGCUGGCAGCACUAUAUGGGACAUAGGGAGCUGCCACGCAUCAUCGACGCGGAGGUGCUGUCCUCGCAGCCAGAGCCCGAGGGCCAUGGCUUCGUAUGGAAAGGGAAGGAGAUCCGCUUGGAUCACAUGGUGCCAUGGCUGGUGGAGGAUGGAAGGAAUAUUUGA